CCACAGAGGGCCCAGUCCUCCCAGUGUCCUAGAGCUUCCCGGAAGUGUUUGUUGCCUCCGGGCCAGGCCUCGCUUCCGGCUGCCCCUUUGCUCAGGCCUCUCCGCUCCAGAGCGCGCGUUGCAGGCAAUUGCAGUGGGACCUGGCUCUGGGCUGACCGGUCAAAAAGGAGAAAGUAGCAAUGUCUGCUGUGGGGGCUGCAGCUCCAUACCUGCAUCACCCUGGUGACAGUCACAGCGGCCAGGUGAGUUUCCUGGGGGCCCAGCCCCCCCCAGAGGUGGCAGCGAUGCCCCGGCUCUUGGGGGACCUGGACAGGGGCACAUUCAGGAAGUUGCUGAAGCUGGUGGUCAGCGGCCUGCAGGGGGAAGACUGCCGUGAGGCUGUGCAGCGCCUCGGGGCUGGUGCACACCUGUCGGAGGAGCGGCUGGGCGCCCUGCUUGCUGGCACCCACACGCUGCUCCAGCAGGCCCUCCGGCUGCCCCCAGCCAGCCUGAAGCCUGACGCUUUCAAGGACCAGCUCCAGGAGCUCUCCAUCCCGCCAGACCUGGUCGUGGACUUGGCCAGUGUGGUAUUUGGGAGCCAGCGGCCUCUCCUUGACUCUGUGGCCAGGCUGCAAGGGGCCUGGCUGCCCCAUGUUGCCUCCUUUCGUUGGAGGGUAGAUGUGGCGAUCUCCACCAGUGCCCUGGCCCGCUCCUUGCAGCCAAGCAUCCUGAUGCAGCUGACGCUUUCGGAUGGGUCAGCACACCGCUUUGAAGUCCCCACAGCCAAGUUCCAGGAGCUGCGGUAUAGCGUGGCCCUGAUGCUGAAGGAGACGGCCGACCUGGAGAAGAGGUGCGAGCACAAGCUACAGGACUGACCUGCGCUCCCACUCGCUCCGGUCGCCUGGGGCCGGCCGCUCGGACAUCUCCAGAGCGAAGCCCACUCUGCCCAGGAGGCCCUCUUCAGAGAGAGAGUGGAACUGCGGCCAUGCCAUUCUGUUCGAUGAAAAAAGACAGCAGUUUUUCUCCUUCAUUUGGAAGUAGAGCAACUAUAAAAUCCUAUCUUCCCAGCUGGUGUCACCCUGCACACCUCUCCCCUGGCCAUUGGUGUUGUUGCUGGGUGAGGGUGUCCACUGCUCCGGGGCGGCCACGUGGUCUGGUCAGUCUGGGGUCCAAGCCAAUGCCUUGGUGCAGAUGCCGAGUUCCUCUCCAUGCGGCAUCUGACCGCGCUGCUCAUUUGCUUCUGUGAACCGUGUGUUUCAGUGUGGACACAUCUUCUAUCUGAAAUCCUUGACCUCAUGGAGCCCACAUUGUAGUGGGGAGGGGGAAGACGUUACAGAGCACGUGACAAGUCAGUGGUGUAGCUUGUUAGUGAUGGUAAGUGAAGCAGAAGAUAGAUCAGUGGCCAGGGGAUGGGGGGCAGGGCCAUGGGAAAACCGUGCUGUCAUUCCAUAUUGGGUCAUAGGCCAGGCCUCCUAGGAGACCUGGUAUGUGAGCAAGGACUUGAAAGAGGUGAGGGAGGAGAGUGGUCUGAGGCCACCUCUGAGCAGAGGGCAAGUGAGGUGGAGGAGAGUGAGGGGUACUGAGGGCAGGCCCCACCCUAGCAGCUGUUUCAGGAAGGUUGCACUGGGUGCUGUGUUGAGAGCAGGAAGAGAGCAGAGGUCUCUCCCGGCACCUUGGAGGUGGGUGUGUUAGGCAGUUUGGGCUGCUGGCCCCAGAGUGAGGACACACAUCUAGGGUUGAAAGCCACUGCGACUUGGGGGUUCCUGGUGUGCAAAAUCACCGCAGUCGUCUACCCAGUGCAGCCAGGCACGGGGGCCUGGGGUCCGAGUCUGGCCUGUGUGCCCCAGGAGGGUGCUCCAGGCUCCACUGCCACAGAGGACCUUGUGCCUGGGACGUGGUGGUCCUACUGGGGACCUGGCCCACAACCCAGGCAUGUGCCCGAGACUUGUAUCAAACCAGCAGCCCUUUGGUUCGCAGGCCAGUGCUCGAUCCCGAGCCACAGCAGCCAGGACAGGACUCCGUGGUUCUAAAGCAUGCACCUGGUGGCAGGGGGGAGAGGUGCCUUCUGGGCCACACGGGUGUUAGGCGCCUGCUGGAGGAGGGCAGAGCUGUCACUCGGAGCCCGGUGUGAGCCCCUCGGCAGCCCCUGCAGCAGGGAGGUGGGCAGGCAGGCUCGGAGCCGCAGGCAUCGGGUGGUGCACCAGGACUUGCCCGCCCUUUCUCUGCCCCUCAGCCCAGAGACCCCUUGUGUGUGCCCAGGCAGGGUUGCCCGUGGCUGUGUUGGUGUCUGCUCUGGACAGCCACUCUCAGGGCCCCUGGAGGGUCUGAGGAGGGUCAGCAGACUCUUGGGGAGGGGUUGGGUGUGGGCCCCUGGGAGACACAUCUGGGCACGUGCCACCUGCUCUCAUCUCCACACUCGCCAGGUUCCGGGUGAAGGGUGUGCGGGGCAUAGUGCUCUGCUAACCGGCCAGCGGCCGCCACUCCUCUGCCCACGAGAGGGCGCUGUUCCUCCUGUCACCUGGUCAGGAACAGCCCCUCAGGACGUGGUGGCCCUGGCUGUGCUACCCACAGCAACUCCCGGGCAUUCCUUCCCUCUGAAGCAACCGAGCAGCCUGGAGCAGCACAGGCCUGCACUUCGUCCUGGGAUGGGCUCUUCCCUUUCUCAUACUGGAAGUUGAGAAAGACCCUUUCAGCUGCAGGGCACAGGUUUGCAGGCCAGCAGGGUGGGCCUCCUCGUCCAUGUGCUCUAGCUCUGGGCAUGGAGGACAUUUUUACGAAGGGCCAGUGAAUACUUCAAUGUUCCAGAUCGCGACGAUUCUGUAAGCUCUGACACCACAGUCUGAAAGCAGACCGUGUUAACAAGCAGGCAUGAUUAUGUUCCAAAAAAAUUUUUUUCACAGGUGUGAAAUUUUCAUUUCCUGCAUUACAAAGUACUUGUUUGCAACCGUUGAAAAACCAUUCUUGUCCCUGGCCAGCUAGCUUAGUUGGUUAGAACACCCUGAUAAACCAAGGUUGUGGGGUCAGUGCCUGGUCAGAGUGCCUACAAGAAUCAACCAAAGAAUGCAUUAAAAAGUGGAACCACUACCUGGCGUUUCCCUCUUCCUCUCUAGUUACUGGCACUUUUUAAAAUCCACCACACAAUUUUUUUUUUUUUUUAAGAUACUUAUUUAGAGAAAUAGGAAGAGAGGGAAACACUGAUAUGCAAGAGCUACUCUCUCAUGCCCCAGCUGGGGUUUGAUGCCCUGACUGGGAAUCAAACCAGUGACCUUUUGGGUCACAGGCUGGCACUCAGUCCACUGAGCCACACCAUCCAGGGCCCGAGGACAUGUUUAUUGCUUUUAUAAAGGAAGGGAAAGAGAACAUUGAUUGGUUGCCUCCAGUAUGUGUCCCAACCAAGGAUAGAACCUGCAGCUUAGAUAUAUACCCUGGCUGGGGUCAAACCCAGAAACUUUUGGUGUAUGGAACAACGCUCAAACCAACUGAACCA